CCUCAUCAACAAGUCAAAGACAAAUGUUUCCACCUUCAUUACCAGCACCCCCAAAUCCUGCUCCAAAUCUUAGUUCAGUGAAAAAUCAACUGAGGCGAACAUCUGUACCAGCUAUAUCACAUCAUAGUUAUGAAACUAUCGAUAACAAUAAUAAUAGUUAUAGCCAAAACAAUAAGCCUACUAGUCAAUCUAACAAUGAAAUCAUAGAUUUGAAUGGAUAUCAUGAUAAAAUGCAUGAGAACUGCAUCAUUUCAUUACCGCCACAAUAUUUGCCUCAAAGUCCACCACAAUCAUUAAUAGCAGAAAGUAUUUCUCAUUCAGAAUUCGAUAGUUUACUUAUAGCUAAUGAAAAUAUAUCUACAGAAAAUGUUUUUUGUUUAAAUGAAACAAACAAUGAUUCAUUAUCUAAGUCAAAACUUUUACAAUAUAGUAAUGAAAGUUUACUAACAACACUUGUUCGAUAUCAAAAUCUAACAGAAAAUUGUAUAAAUCAUAAGUUGACAAGAAAAUCAGAUGCAACUAGUCAAGACACUUGUUUUAAUUCAAUAGAAUUAACUUCAUGUGAUAUUCAUAAUCCUGAGAAAUUACCUGAUCAAUCAUGUAUUAGUGAAGAGAUAAGAAAAUCUCAUGAUCAAUCUGUGAAAGUUAAUCUACGGAAUCAUUGUCAUCCCAUUGAAUUCAAUAAUACUUUAGAAAAGAAAAAAUCCAAGACUAGCAAUCGAUUGUCUAUGUCAAAUGAACAGAAAAUUACAUCACCUAAGCAAUUUGUAUUAGAUAAGCCAAAUGAUACUAAUCAUACAAAUAUUGAUUUAAAACAUUUAAGUAAAGUGGAACAAGUUAAACAAUGUUGGGAAAAUUAUUUCCGACCGAAACCACCAAGAAUUGCAAGAAAUAAAACUAGAAAAACUGAUUCAAUAACUCAAUCGGUUAUUUUAGAUAAUGAUAAUAAUAAUAAUAAUGACCUAACAAGUAAAUGUUUACGAUCGAACAGUGUUGAUUGUACAUAUCGAGAUUAUGAGUGUAAACAGUCUACAGAAGAGAAAUAUGAUUCAGAUGAAUAUUCAACAAGUUCACAAUGUAAAGCUUUAUCAACACCUGUCAGUCCAAUUUUAACAAGUAAUAAUAAUUCGCAAGCAAUUAACUCGACACUUAUUCAAUCUCAAUUUUUUCCUAAAGAAACAAAUGAAUUUGAUCAAUGGACCAAAUCAAAAUAUACAAGAAAAGGAUAUUCUCCUUCAUUUAUUCGUUUAAUUAUUGCGAAUGAAUUAGAUCAGACUGAACAAAGUCAGAAAGAAAGUUCUUGUCAAACGCCACAAUCAUUAUUAUUAUUAUCAUCUGAUACAGUAGUAGUAGAUCAAUUGAAUGGUCGACAUUCAAGUUCAACAUUAACUCUCACUGAAAAUACAGCAACAACUAAAGAUCUUGACAGUGAAAAAAUCAAUUCAGAAUAUUCAACUGAACAGAAAUUCUGUGAAAAUGAACAUAAUGUGUCAUCAAAUGAAAAUUAUGUUGAUAAACGUUUAUGUCGAAGUAAUAUAGAAUUUUCUGAUCAAUAUAAUAUUAAUAAUAGUAAUAAUGAUGAUAGAUAUUCAGAUUAUCGUAUUGAUUUUGUGCGUCCUCAAUCGCUUACAUUACAACGUCAUUGUAUUCAUUUAACAAAUAAUGACAGAAAAUUAAUGUCUCUGUCUUCUAGCAAAUCAUCAGAUAAUUUUCACGAGACUAAUCUACAGUCUUCUUAUGACAAUGAUGUGAAUGAAAUGACUAAAGAGAUAAAAAUACAUACAGGAAAAUAUCCCUACACAUUUAUUGAUCAUACACAGACAGAUGAUAAUUUAAACAAACAUGCUCAUUGGUCAAGAUUGUAUGUUGAACAAAAAGACAGAUUGAAUAAAAAUAUGAACAAAAAGUUUCAACGAAACGAUAACACACAAAUAGACAAUGACAUAAUAGUACCAACUGACAAGUAUCCAUUAUAUGCAAGAUCAUAUUCAGCGGAUUAUAAUACGCUGAAAGUUAAUCCACGACGAGUUCAGCCAUACACAAUCGGUAUUGACAGAUCAGAAUCAUUUGAUAAAAGCAUUAAACAUAUAUCGUUCGGUGUGAAUUUAAACAAAAAAUCAAAUUUAUCUCAUCAUCUUGUUACUGAUUAUCAUAAAACUAAUUUAAGACAUAGUUUCUAUUCUCCUGUUUCUACAUCCAGUUUAAUAUGUACAUCAGUAAAUCCCGAAACAUACAUAAAUACUAAUUCAUUUCAACUAGUGAAACAGAAAAGGCCAUUUUCACUACAUCAACACAAUCGUAAAACAAAAAUUACUUUAUUUAAAGAUAGAAAUAUUGAUAAAGCACAUUUCUCUUUUCCAAUUCAACUGGCUGAAUUGAAUAAACGGUCAUUAUCUCCAAGAAUUUUCUAUGAUAAUUCAACAGAUAAUAAUGAACAAGACAGUAACACUGAUGGUAGUGAUUACGAUCAUGAAAAUGAACAAUUGAACAUUGAACUGAAAAUGUCACUUUCUCCAGCAGCUCAACGAUACGAGGAGCAUGUGUUAGCAGCUACAGUUUCUGGUAGACCAAAUGCUAAAACCACUACAAAUCAAAUAUUUUUCAAUGAUCCUAAAAAUUAUGUAACUCAUCAAAAUCCUAACAAAAAAGUUAGUCUAUUACUACCUGAAUGUCAAUAUGAUAAUCAACCUAUAGAGAUGAUUAAAAAUUUUCCAUACCAUGAUGAAGAUAGUGGUGAAUCGAAUAAUUAUCAGCAUAAUGAAAAUCUUCUUCAUACAGAAUUAUGGCGUGAAAAACUUGGCGCCAUUACAAGAUGGAGACGUGAAGUGGAUGAUGCUAUGCUAGCUGGUGAAACAGAUCUGAAAGAAAUAUUUCAUUCACCGGAACAUUUGUUACAUAAUAAUUGUAUGGAGGAAGAUGAGGAAUUCCGUGGACGAUCUUGUUUACCGAAUCAACACAAUACUACUAAUUAUUUGCCAUCAACAAUGGCUCCAGUUAAUUUACUUCAAUCAAACGGUUUAUAUGCAACAGUUAUUGAUACGGAAACAAACACACCAACUUCAUGCAAUCGCCUAUUAACACAAUCUUAUACAACAUAUAGUAAACCAUUGAUUGGAGGCAAUGAGGUAACUGGAACAAAUCGGCAUGUAUUGUGUUGUUCAUCAAAUAAUUCAAAGCCAAACAUGCAACAAAUAAAUUCAUCAAUGGCGAAAAAUAUGAAUUUAUAUGAUAAUCUAAUAAUGUUAAAGAACUACCAACCAACAAAUCAAGCUGUACCAAGUAAAGUUGUGAUCAAUCCAAAUGAGGUAUCGAAUAAUCAAACUUAUCGUUGUGAUAAUAAUGUUCGAUUUGAAAAUUCUCAACAGAUCAAUUCAAAAUAUCAGCCGAUGUGGAUCAAAGCACCUAUACCACAAUUAAAUUCUCCACGACAACGAUCCAAUUCAGGCAGUAAUGCUGUUGUUUUACAGCCUUCUUUUCAACAACAACAACAACUACAACUACAACAACUACAAAAUUCCACAAAUUUACCUCCACAUUAUAAUUAUGAUUAUUAUCAUCAUUAUGCAUUGAAUAAUAACCCGGUCAAUACAACACCAUCAAACAUUCAAACAUCAUUUCCGGUAAAUCAGCCAAGUGUUCCAUUUUCAAAUAUGAAUUCAUCUAUCCAUCGACAUCAAACUCCAACAGUGAAAUCAUUUCGAAAUUUUUUCACACCAAAAUUAAGACGAAAAACAUAUGAAUUGGAUAAAACUGAAGCUGUUCAAUUGAAACAAGACAAUUAUAUACCAACAAAUGUGAUACAAAAUAAUCCAGUUGGACAACAUGGAAGAAAUAAUCAUACAAAAUCAAUGAAUGAAAGAAAUAACCAGCUCAGAAAAGUUGUCCCAUCUUCAUCGUACACUGAUGCGCUUAAUUUGGCUGUUGCUGCAAAUACCGCAUUAUAUGAAGCAUUUAAUCAAUCGAUAGCUUCAACAGAUUCAUAUCAGAAAACUAAUGCAAUUCAUCACAACACCCCGAUAUCUUUUAAACAACAGAAAUUCAAAGCUACUGCUGCACCAAUCAAUCCAAGCUCUUCAACAGUAAAUAAUAAUGAACGACCUCUAGUUGAACUAGGUUCAGCACCAAUUGAAACAGGACAAAUACAAAAUAAAAUUGGACCUUGUCAAUGGACUAAAAUUAUUAAACCACAUAAAAAUAUUUCUCUUUCACCAAUUUCAUCCAUUUCACACUGUAAUACAGAUGAUAAUUCACCAAUGGAAAAACAAACAGAUAUCAUAAACAAAUGUCAAAACAAUACAAUAGAACAAACACUGUAUUCAAAUCAUAAAUCUAAAAGCCCUAAAUUAUUAUUAAGUGACAAGUCUAAUGAUUUAAUAGAGACGCCCAUAGAUAGUAGGCGUACACCUGGACGGCUUAGAUCAAAUCUUCGUCAUGCUGUUACAUUAAGUCCUUGUCGUCGUAAACCAGAUCUAACAUCAGAACAAUGUAAUAGUCCAUAUCUUCAACCAAGUCCAUUAGCAUUGAGUUCAGGAUUUGUAUCAGCUGGUUCGAUUGUCAAUGCAAUUGAAGAUUCCAAUGAGAAAAUGAAUAAAGAUGAAUUCACUGAAAAUUCAGGAAAAAUGAAAUCUGUUCCUCCACCAGUUGGUGUUCAUGACUAUCCUAUUGUUGCAAAUUUAGAAAAAGAUUUAAAUACAAUUGAAAGUUUAAUCAAUGAUUCAUCGGAUAAUCUCAAUAAUGACACUACACCACACACAAAUUCACAUAAACAAUUAGAAUUACCCACUAAUUAUACACGAAAAUCAAUUAAUCAACCACGACAAUCACAACAACAACAACGUUCAAAAUUCAAUAAAUUACCACCAUUACAAACAUUACCACCAUGUAAACUAUUACUUGGUCGUGUAGCAUCAAAUGAAGAUAUAUGCAUUGGAACUGAAACACCAUUUUCAUUUAAUAUUGCAGCAACUGAUAAAGAGAUUUGUAUAACACGAGUAGCUUCAGUUGAAGAUUUAAAAUAUCAACAUGAACAACAACAACGACAUGAUCAAUUAAACUGUGACAAUAAUAAUCAUACUAAUAACAACAAAACUCAAUCAAUCAAACGAGAUCGUAAACGUAUUCCAAUUAGUUUACGUUUAACAUUUGGUUCUGAAUCAAAACUUCAUAAAUCUACGCUACAAUCUGAUAAAAACGAUGAUUUAACAAUGAAAAAUUAUCGUGCAAUGUAUUAUGUAGAUAUACCACAAGGUAAUAAUGAUAGAACUGUCGGUGAAUUAAGGCGUAAAACAAGAAAUCAAUUAAAAUGUGGUAAUCAUCUACAAAAUAUGAUACGUUAUAGUUUACCAUGUAUUACAUAUUGUGAAGAAUUGCCAAAACCUAUUUCAUUAUUGCCAUCAUGAGUUAUAUAGAAAGAAACGAACCGGUGAUCUGUGUAUAUUUAUAUCAUGAUUAAGAAAUAAUCAAUUCAACAAAAAAACAUCAUAGUUAUCAUUGAUAUAAUUUGUUAUAUACAAAAAAAAUAAUAUCAAUUUUCUUCCCUAAUAACACUGUAUUAUUCAAGUUAUAUGAAAGAUAACUCUUUUUAAACAUAGCGCCCUUUUUCUCCAUCUUAAUUUCAAACUUAUGAAUCAAAGAUUUUAAUUCAUUGAUUGAUUAAAAUCUACUGAUAAUUAAAAAAAUUUAACUGAAAUUUACUUUUUAUUGAUAAUAUGACAAACAGUGAUUUAAACAAAUCUUUGAUCGAACAAAGAAAUUAUAGUGAUCAGUAUGAAAC